AUGGCUCGUACCAAACAAACUGCGCGUAAGUCCACCGGUGGUAAAGCCCCCCGUAAACAGUUGGCGACUAAGGCUGCUCGCAAGAGUGCUCCAGCGACCGGCGGAGUUAAGAAGCCUCACCGCUACAGGCCUGGAACCGUAGCUCUUCGUGAAAUUCGUCGUUACCAGAAGAGCACCGAACUUCUCAUCCGCAAGCUGCCUUUCCAACGACUCGUUCGUGAAAUCGCUCAGGACUUCAAAACCGAUCUUCGUUUCCAAAGUUCCGCUGUAAUGGCUCUCCAAGAAGCAAGCGAAGCUUACUUGGUUGGUCUUUUCGAAGACACCAACUUGUGCGCCAUUCACGCAAAGAGAGUAACCAUUAUGCCAAAAGACAUCCAACUCGCACGCCGUAUUCGAGGUGAACGUGCUUAAGUCUAUUUUAGACAUCA